AUGACAGCAAAUUACAAUGCCAUGUCACGACAAGACAGGAUUCAACACAUACAACAACAAAAAGAAGCGUUUGUAAAUACUCCAGCUCUUCGUCCAAUUGCCAGUCCAAUGACACCAAUAACACCUCUUGAACUCGGUGAAUCUCCAGAAAAAGACGUAUUUGUAAUGCAUGCCGCUAAACAAUAUCACAAUAGUGAAUUACAUAAACAAACACCUGAAUACUUUUUCACUUCACAUUAUUAUCAUAAUAAUGGAAAUGAUUACAUGCAACAACAAUCAUCCUCUCAUUAUAUUGCUCCUGGUGCCGCUAAUUAUUCGUUGACACAAUCGCCACAUUCACCUUCACCUUUCUCUUCUGGUGCAUCUACUCCAACACUUGCUCAUGUUGGCGGUAAUUCCUCGUCAAGACCAAAAUCAUGUCCAUCUUCACCAAUUUUAAAUGGAGUUGCGUAUAAUGGAUCGAUGAUGAUGAUGACUGGGAGCCUGAAUGACUAUUACUAUCAAUUUGGCUUUGAUUCAAGAGCGAACUCGACAAUGUUUCAAGAUCUAAUUGUUUCUAAUGUACAUCAUCAUCAGUUUCAGCAACAGCAACAGCAGCUACAAAAUAAUCAGUAUCAAUCGUCUUAUUUUGGAGGUAUUGGUGGAUCAUUUGCUGCCGGUCAAUAUAAUAAUAUCCGAGUGAUACCUUCAUUAUACGAUCAAUUAGAAAUAGCAAAAAGCAAAAAUCGAGAGAAUACAGAACAAGCUCAAUUACAAGACUUGAUGAGUGGAUUAAGUCAGAUGGAUAUUAAGGAUUCCAGUUGA